UGAAAGUGAUUGUGACCAUGUCCGGAAGAGGAAAGGGCGGUGGGAAAGGUCGCGCCAAGGCGAAGUCUCGGUCGUCCCGGGCUGGCCUGCAGUUCCCGGUGGGCCGUGUUCACAGGCUCCUGAGAAAGGGUAACUAUGCUGAGCGUGUGGGUGCCGGAGCGCCGGUCUAUCUGGCUGCGGUGCUGGAGUAUCUGACGGCUGAAAUCCUGGAGCUGGCCGGCAACGCGGCCCGGGACAACAAGAAGACCCGCAUCAUCCCCAGGCACCUGCAGCUGGCCGUGCGCAACGACGAGGAGCUCAACAAGCUGCUGGGAGGGGUGACCAUCGCUCAGGGCGGGGUGCUGCCUAAUAUCCAGGCCGUGCUGCUGCCCAAGAAAACUUCCGCUGGGGGCGCCGCUAAAAAGUGAAGAGUAUUCUUGAAUCUGUCAACCCAAAGGCUCUUUUAAGAGCCACUCACAGCAUCUGUGAAAGGAGCUGAACACUCCCGUCUGUCGGAUUGAAUUACCUUCCUUUAAUUGAUAUCGGUUUCAGUCCCUGCCUUAUUCGAUACUGUACUGUCAUUGUGUGUGUGAUCUGAUAUGAAACCUUUCCUCAUAGCCGUUUACCGUUUGAGCCGUAGCAUAAGGACCGUGAAAUGUUUAUCAUGGAAUAUUGAUACAACGCAAUC